AUGACUUCUUCUACUACCAACAGCCCCAGAGCCCACCCUCAGACUCGACAGACCACCAAACGAUCCAUUCAUGAUGCUGAUGGUGAAGAUGAGAGAGAUGUGAAGUUGCUAAAGUUCGACGAUUCCAGUGACUCAGAUUCUGAUAGCGCAUAUUUCAGUGCUGACGACAAAUUCGACUGUAGCUACUUCAUCGACAGCGAUUUCGCUCCCAGCGAAGACGAGAGCUCCUCUGUAUCAACCUUCCUUAACUCCAUUGAACGGGGAUCCAUCCCUUCCAGAUUCAGCUUCACUGGUCCGGUGCUGUCUAUUAUUCAGGAAGUUGCAGACGGCGCAUCCGACAGCGAUGUACCUGACAAGAAGCUCCUACAUCAACAGCUGGGGUUCGCAGAGAAGGCCAAAAAGCUCGGCUUUGGGGUGAUUGAGAAGAGCGAAAUCGACAACGUGAUCAAGGAGAGAAAGAGACUUAAGAGCGACAAGAAGGACUUGACACGAGUGAUCAGGAAGUUGGAAAACGAAAUCGAGAAGCUACAUGAUUCGAGCGAGAAACGGGACGCAGACAACACCAUGCUGAACCACAAGAACGGCACGCUGAAGGCUGAAAUUACUGACCUCAGAGACCAACUUCAGGAACUCCACACACAGAUUCAAACCCAGACUUUGACGACCAUCGAAGGUAAGGAGGACGAGGUGGCUCAGAAUCAAGAGAAGGAAUAUCAGGAGGACAUAACAGUCGUAGGAGAAGACGAAUUUUCUACGGACACCUCUCUGGACAUCACCAAGACUCCCACAAAGAUUAAUCUCAUUGCCUCCGUCAGUCUCAGCAGACACAUGGAGAUUCUUCAAGUCGUCAACCACCUCAAGAGCCUUUUGUCAGAACUGGCAGGAUAUAAGCAGUUAGUCCCAGCCAGCUCAGAGCUCGAAACGUACCUUCCCCAAGUCAACUCUCUCAGUGAACAGAUCCACACCUUGGCCAAUGCAAUGUUCGAGUUUGAACAGGAGGUUUCUGAAUCAGAGAAGCUUUUGAAGCAUGGAAGUGAGUGGAGUCACCACUAG